UCACUGCAGCAGCGCAACCGCCAUAUUGGAUGUUGCGAACGUUGAAAUUUUCGCGCUCGACGAACGUUGAUGAUCAAACGUAUGAGUGUUUAUGUCGUAGUUGAAGGGACGUAGUUCUAUUAUCCACACACAUAAGAGCUAUGAUUAUUGAACAUUGCAUAAAAGAGCACAAGAGGUGACUAUAGUGCGUACGAGGUCUUAUUUUACCGUGGAAUCUCCGAGGCAUAUUACCGGUAACGUGUGCGGUGUUUCCCGUUGGAUUGUACACGUUCGUCUGUGCACAACACGGUUUAAUCAUCUUUUGAGUAAUGGGCUAGAGGUUCAAACAAGCAGUCUUCAAGAUUUCAGUGAAUCACUACCUUCUUUCCAGAGUGAAUCUCCCUCCGUGGGAGUGGAGAAUUAAAUUAUAGGCUAUACCAUCUUCAGUUAAGGAGUACGAGUUGUCUUGUAAGCGAAGGUGCGAGUUGUUCACGGUACGGCUCGGCAAAGAUUUCUAAACACAAUCCACAAUGUUCUGGAAAUUUGAUGUUCAUACUACGUCCCAAGUGGACACCUUACUAGAAAAAGAGGAUGUGACAUUAAUGGAACUUCUUGAUGAGGAUGAUAUCCUUCAAGAAUGCAAGGCUCAAAACAAGAAACUCAUUGACUUCCUCAUCCGAACGGAAGUCAUGGAUGAGUUGAUUUCUUACAUCACCAAAGAACCCUCGGGUGAAUUAGAAGAGCAACUACAGUACAAGCAUCCUAACAUGGCUUGUGAGCUACUGACAUCAGAAGUAGGAGCAAUCAGUGAUAAACUGGCAGAGACUGAAUCUGCAAUGAAUGCACUGUGGAGUUUCCUAGACCACGAACCUCCUCUCAACCCACUACUAGCCAGCUUCUUCAGCAAAACUAUCGGCUCGCUCCUGGUUCGGAGACCGGAGGUUGUCAUAGAUCACCUCAAAAGCAAAGACAACUCCAUCAGCAUUCUCCUGAAUCAUUUAGGCACAUCCGCCAUCAUGGAUCUCCUCCUGAGGCUAAUCACGUGCAUAGAGAGCCGAGAGGUCAGGCAGGAAUUCCUUGAGUGGCUGAACGAGCAGAAGUUCAUCCAGCGAUUAGUGGAUCUGAUUGAUCCAGAAGAGACGGAUGACAAACACAGCAAUGCAGCACAGACUCUGUGUGAUAUCGUGCGUAUCACCAGGGAACACAUGUCACAGCUACAGGAGUGUGCUGAAAGUGAUCCACUGCUCACCACAUUAGAGAAGCAAGAAACUGUAGCCGAGUUGCUGGAGCACAUGUUUCAUGGAAAGAAAUCCAAAUCUGCUCUAGUGAAUGGCGUCUGUGUCCUCCUGGCUCUCUUGGAAUUCAAAAAACAAGGCAUGGUAUUGUCUUUCUUUAGGCCCGAGGGACAGGAACAAAUGACUGCUUUAGAUGCUGAGAGAUUGGCUCAUGGUGUGAGUGGGACUCUGAAGGCAAUCGUACCUCAGCUACCCGAACUUCACCAGUUAUUGACGGACCCUCCCGAGCAAGAUCCCAUGCCAACCACAGUAGGUCAACUCUCCCCUCCAUUUGGAGCUGUCCGCCUGCAAGUGUGCAAGCUGAUAGCUGCACUGCUUGUCACUAAUACUCAGAGUAUUAAUGUGGAACUGGCUAGAUUGGGAACGAUAAAAUCAAUAUGGGAACUUUUAUUUCAGUAUGCUUGGAAUAAUUUCCUACAUCUGGAGGUCGAGAAGUGUAUAAGCACAAUUCUGGCUAACAAUCCCACCGAGUCGGAAGAAGGAAAAACACAGCAUCCACUUUUAGUCCAUCUCUUUACCGACUGUAAACUGAUCCAGAGGAUACUGGAAAGCUGGGAGGAAAAUGAACAAACGCAACAGAAGGGAGGGUCACGUCGAGGCUACAUGGGUCACCUGACUCGUAUCACUAAUACAGUCAUCCAUGAGAUGGAGAAAGGCUGUAAUUGUGAUCAGAUCAAGUCUUUAUUUCAAGAAUAUGUACCAGAGGACUACAGAGAUAAAUGGACUUCCUUUGUAGUGGGGAGUUUGUCUGAACUCAACAAACGGAAUACAGUAGAUUUGGUUGGUACACAUCCCUUACAUUCCUCCAGUGAGGAUGACGAUGGAGAUUUUGGUAAUAUAGACUUUGGCAAAGACACUGCAGUACAACAGGCAUUCUCUGAUUAUCAGAUGCAACAAAUGACGUCCCAUUUUAUUGACCAGUUUGGAUUCAGCGAUGAGGACUUCACCAAGCAAGAAGAAAAUGUCAACAAUCCAUUUGACACAAUAUCGGAUAUCAGCUUCUCAAUAUCAGCAAAUGAAGACAAUCCCAAUUCAGCUUUGUUUGAGGCUUGUUGUAAUGAAAGAAUAUCGAAGUUCAAUGAUAACAACAGCGAUGAAGAAGAUAUGUGGGAAGAGAAAGAAUUAACCUUCUUAUCCAGUGUUGAUGAGUCUAGAACAUGUGAUUCGACUGCAGGCCUUGGUGCUGCUAGCGAUGACAGUGACAGCGAAGAUGAACAUACAAAGGAAGCGAUGGCAGGCUCCCCUCAACCCUCUCCAUCAAAUAGCGAAGAGACGAAGAUGGAUGUGGACUCAGCCGACACCUGGACAGCCAAUUUUGACGACGUUCCCAUGGAUGGAUCUGUUGCUAUGGAUACAACACCCACAACCUGGCCAGAUUCACCCCCUCAAGCACGGUCCAGUCAAGCUGGGGAACCUGAGACAGGCUGGGCUAACUUCGAUGACUUCAAUGCUGGCUUCAACUCUUCUAGUCCUGAGGGUCCUCGGAGUAGCUCUCCCAUUGCUAUGGAUAGUGAGUCCUCCCAAGACGAUAUCUCAGGCCAAGAAGCUACAAGCAAUGAGGCUACACCACUAUACCCAGCUCAACCUGGUGCUGCUUAUGUUGUUUCAAGUAACCCAGAACAAGAAAAGCACCCCGAAGACAGCAAUCGGAGCACACAGGUGACAAGCAUCGGAACAUCAACACAGUCUGAGCACAGUGUGCCGGAAGACAGAGACAUGGUGGUAGAACUGUGUUCACAGAGCGGUAAUUCCUCAUUUAGUCAGGACACUGUCACCUCAUUACACAAUUCCUAUCCUGCCUUCCCGUUAUCCCCGCAACCUGCUGCCCCUCAACCUGACAGCACCGUGGUAGAUCCCCAGAUGGAGCCACUGUCGCCGGGCCAAUCUCUUCUGAACUCCGAAAUUCAAGCCAAGAAUCUCCACGAGAUGAGCUCAAGCUCGGACUCUAUUAAUAGUAACCAAUUAAUGCAGCAAGAAGUCAAACCUCCACCCCAAUUAGAGGCACAAAGCGGUGCUCCCAAUUCCUUGGAUGGCUCAGGACUUUCUCAGCCUCAGAAACAGGAAGCUGACAGUCAUUCAGCACAAGAGGGCGCUGCAGAGGUCAGUAGUGAAGAGACAAUCGCUAAACAGAGAAACACUGUGGAUGACGUACAACAGCCGGUGUCUACGGUGAUUGAAGUGGUUGAUGGUAACUGUAGUCAGCCUCAGGAUGAAGAUGAAGAGGACUUGGAAGACAACUUCAGCUUCCUGGCAUCAAGUGGUUUGAUGAAGGGUGGUCCUGGACUCUCACCUAAACCUAAUGGCCCAUCGGAGUCAGAGCGUCUAGAAAAAGCAAGGGCUGAGGCAACAGCUGCCCUGAACCAGUUCACAGCAGCAACAAAGCAGAAUGGACCAGUUUGAUCCAGUCUAGACCAGUCCAAUGCGGUCCACACAGGAUCCCCAUCCUGAUUAGAUGCUCAAGCACCUCUCACGGAGGAUAAUAAGUGGUUGAACCAUGCAAAAGGCAAUUAGUUGCAAAUGGUGUACCAUUUGUAUACAAAAUUGAUUUAGGAAAUUUUAAAUUUUUUUUAAGGUAUUCUUAAAAGUUAAAGUCCAUUUAUGCUAGGUGUAAUAUGUAAUCUGUAUAUGGAGAAAACAAAGUUUCCCACAGAUAAAUGUAACAUUAAUUUCCCUGCUUUUCUUUUCCUUUUUUUUAAGUAUUGCAUUUUGUAUCAGUCACAUUAUGUUUGUUGCUUGUAAUUUUGGAGUAAGAUUGGAUUUAAUGACAGCAUGCACUUCAGAUGCACAGUUUCUGUGUAUGUUUUUCAGAUUGGUAAUAUGUACCUUGGGCGCUGGCGCUGUAUUUGACAACUCAUAGCACAAAAGUCUUGUCAAAUUGCCCCAGUCCAAAAAUCCUGAUUUUGAAAACCUUAGCUUGUUUACCAAUAUUAGGAAAUAUUUUGAAAUCUUGUACAUUUGAAUGAUUACGCUUGAUGACAACUUCUCUGAGUCUACCCUCUGCAGUUUUUUCUAUCUCCCAUCUCACUCCCCCCCGUCACCAAGUGUGACCUAUUAUGUCGUCCACCCUAGUACAGUAUUGUCCACUUGUACAAAAUAGCUGAACAAACAAACAAAUCGAAUACAAUCAUUUGUAAUGGCACACUGCCUGUCUUGGACAAUUUUAGCACUGCUCAUGGCCCAAGCAUGAGCACACUGGAUUACGUUGUUUUUAUGUUUUGUUUUUAAAUUCGUAAAGAAGGGAACCAUAGCGUCAUUGUUCCUUUUGUGCACAGCACGCAGUGCUUUCAACUUACAAUUUAAAUUGAAUUUGAAAAUGGAUUAUAAAUACCAUAGGGAGUUUUUGCAGUUAUCUUUAAAUUUCCACACCUGUCAAAUUUUCUUUAGGGUUCACCCAGUGGCAGGCACGAUGCGUCAUAAAUAGUAUUUUUAAUGCCCUUCCCUGACCCAUUUUGAAAUUGAAAGUCAAGGAUAUGUAUAGGCCAAAAGUCAAAACAUGUAACCAUUUGUAUUUUGGCAUCAGGUUAGGAAAGUUAGAAUUUCUAUUUUAUUGCACACCAGGAUGCUUAAUUACCAGACUCAAUUAGAAAAAAAAAGGAAACAUUAAAAUGUGGAAUAUUAGGACAUACAUUAAGUUUAUAAUUUGACUUGAUUGCAUACGGGCAUGUAUAUGGGCAUGAUGGUCAUGACUUCAAAUAUCAUUUUGUAAAUUUCGUUCUGAUGUUUUAUAUUUAUCGUAUUAUUUAGUCAAGAGUGGUAUGAAUGAGAACAAAAUACUGAAAUGUUUACUUGUGAGCUGCACUUAAACACUAAGGUUUGGUGUUGCACUGUAUGACUGCUGUCAUGGCAGUUGGAAUAAAAUGCUGGUACACAGUCCACAACAUCGGGAAGGUUACCUUCUUUUCAUGGACUUUCUUUCAGUCACCUAUUAAACUAAUCAGCACCUUAUUACAAAUUUCUUGUUCUUUUGGUUUUCUUGCAGCAGCAUCCACUCAGUUUUCAACAAGAAGCAAUGAAAUUUGGCUUUUCAAAUCAUUGUACAUACGUCUAUGUAUCUGACUGCAAAGUGUCAGCCUAGGCGUGAGCUUGUGUUUAGGAUUCCGUUUUGGCCAAGGUUUCUUUGAUUUGAAACUAACCACUCAGGGACCUCCGACAUGGAGUAUUUCAAACAAGACUUUUGCUAGAACAUUUUUGCCGAAUUACUUGUUAAUGUGGCUAUUUACCAUGCCUUUCAUUGUAUGAACUAUCAACAGGAUGCAAUGUAUUCCCACUGAAAAGUCAAGGAACUGCUUUGUGUUGGGCGGGACCUGUUGAUUCUCAAUAUGGCAUACUUUUCUUGCAACAAAAUGACAACAUUUCUAACACUUGUAUCUUUUCUAGCUGAAUGUGUAUUGCAGGGGUAGUGAUUCAAAGCUUAUAGGUUUCAAUCCUUCAUCAAUGGUUGUGUUAGUUCCUCCAACACUAAUAUAAAUGCUAAAUUAAAUGUGUACAGUAAUCUUGAACAAUUAUUAAGUGUGUAUGGAAUGUGCUGUUAUGUUCAAAACAGUCAUAAGUCACCAACAUUGUACCCCCCCAUUGCCUUGCAAAGCGAAACAUUAAGAUGAAUAUUAUAAAUAAGUAAACAAAAAGUAUCAUUGAAUAUUUGUUUUAAUGGACAGAAUGUAAAUAGCGCCCUCUAUUGUGGAGAGGCUGUUUUUUGUACAGUGUAAGUUGAGCGUAUUAUAAUUUUAUUUUUUGUGGGGUUUUCUUGUUAAAUACAAAAUAAACCUCACUACAAGGUGUAUUGGAUGGGUGGGAUUUUUUAAAUGAUUAUUGUUACCCCAGGUCAGAACUUCACAUGGAAAUGUGUGGAAUGCUGUGAAUAAGGAAAGUUUGUGUUCCACUUUCUUUUUUACUUUAAUGAAACAACUGAAAAGCUGAAUGUUGGAUUAUGUGCCCUAGUUUGUUUGAUACAAUGGAUACACAAUUACAUCAAUAUUGAGUGAGAAGUCAUCCAAACGUGCUACCAUUUCUUGCGUCAAACAGUUUGAAUGAUCCAGUAACAAGUGUUCUUGACCAGCAGCCAUUGGCCCAGAAUGAUUACAUGACAGGGUAAUAUAAGCGCAUGUCACACAUCAGCCAGCGUUGUAUGAUAUCACCCUCAUAUACACACGUGCCCUACAUGUAGCAGUGUACAGGAUAAUGCAUGGACCACAAACUACUGUUUUAAGAUUCCUUUUUUGCUCUUAAUUUUCCUAAAAUAUAUACAUGAAAACAUCAAGACAAAGGUAACACUAAACUAGCAUUGACUGCUCUGAUGUGGGAUAAAACAUUUUUGACACCCUCAGGGAUGUGACACCCGAGAUUUGCCCUGGGCACUGUGUAUCUCUCGGGUUUUCAAAAUGUCAUAACCCACAUCACAGCAGUCAGCAGUUGUUAAAUGUAGCAUGUUUGUGUCAGUGAGCAAGUUACCUAGGCAACCAGUCUCCCAUUGGUAUCAACAACAAACAGAAACAACUUUGGGCUGUAUGAUGGAGUGCAGAUCUUUGCAAUAGAUUCUAUGAAUUUGUUAUCCCUCUCACAAGUAUUGAGCUUCUCUAGGUAUUCCUUAAGUGUUAAGAAUAUCAAUUUUCUGGUAUAUGCUGGAAAGUACCGUUUUGUUCUGUUAGUCAUAUGUCAAAUGAUGCCAAAAUUUGCUCAAAUGCUGACUACUGCUGAAACUGAUUUCAGUCAGAUUAAGAACACACACGUUUUGUGUCAGUAGAAAUUUCAUUUUAGCACAUUUUGUAAGUUGAUGUGCUUGUAUAGAGUACCGAAGUGUGAUGUCAUUUUCAACCAGGGAAUGUAGUGCACUUGAAUGGAGUACUCGCGUGUGUUGGUUCACGUGCUGGUUCUUGUCUCAUCCCUUUUUACACACUUCAGUACAGGAAAUGUUAUGUCUGACUCAUGAAUUAAUUUGCUGUUCAUCAUGUAAAUUGCCAGUCAGUAUCCAUGUUCCUCACUCAGUACUUUCAUGUGUGGCUCAGUCCAGUGAAAAUGAUUGUGAAACACUGGCAGCUGAAGGGGGCGGGGGGCCAAUGGCCCCCACUUUUGAGGGGGGGGGGAGCAUCCCCCAUACACUUUUGGUGGGGCUCAAUAGAUUGACCGAUAAAUGGCUGAUGCCUGAUAGUCUCACAAUCGUCCCCCAACCCCCCCCCCACUUUGAAAAUCGCUCUGCCUCCUGUGCUGUCAAAUCACCCAAACUUUUGUUCAUUGAAAUGAAGUCAGUGAUCCUUAGUCCUGAGAUUGAAGUGUGUAUGAAAAAUACCAAUUAGAAACAUGUCCAUUACACUUGUUUGUAAUAUCUUCUUUUUCUUGUACACCAACUGGCCUGUUCAGAAGAACUAUGAAUUUUUUUAACAUGAGUUUUAGCUUUUUAUUACAGACUAUCCAUAUCCCUUGAGAGAAGGCUACACGCUUGACUAUUUAGAGAUGGAUCUGCAAGAUGGAGUCUUUCCGUCUCAUGUCUGCAUUUGUGUUUGCUUUUUAUUUGUUCCAGUGUGUGUGUAAUGUAAAAAAAAAAUCAAAUAUUGAACGUAAAUGAGAUGGUUUUUAAAAGUGGUCCCCAAUAUGCAAAAGGUGGAUUUGUUUCUGAAGUCUGUGCUCACUCCUGUAGCGAUUUAAAUAGGUGCACUUUGUUGAAAAUAAUUGUCAGGAAAUAGUCUGUUGCUUAUUGUAAACUUAAAUACAUCUUCCUCUAUCAAAUCCAAACAUGCCUUCAUAAAUUUGAACCUACACAGUCAAAGACAUCAGUUUGGUUCAGAUUAUUAAUUCAUGUUUCUCCAUUUCUACCUCUCUAUGACUUUAGUGAAUGUACUUCAGUGUGGAGUUUAGUGUGAAACUAAGAGUCCCCUCACAAUGGCAUAUUAUUUGAACUUAACUUAAACUUAAAACUAUCCAAGCAUUACAAACCUGCAACAUUUCAAGCCAGUCGAACAAAGUUUUUUCCAGCUGUAUUUAAAGGAUGCUUUUGUGAGUCGGCAUUGUUUCACGUGCUUGGUCAGGAAAGCUAUGCUUUUAGCAUAUGUACUUUUGUGUGAGCAGUACAUCUAGAUUUGACUGAAUUGUCAGAACAUGAACUCCUUCGAUUCCCAAAGGCUUUCAUGUAAGAAAAACUCACCCUUGGUGCUUUUAAAAAAGCUUGGUCGGUACAGAGAAUGAUGAAAAUGUGUAGCUGGUAUUUCACAUCUGCCAAGGCUGAAAAAGGGUGACAGUUCUACAUGUAAAUCUUUGUUUUUAAAUUAAGUUGGAGACCUUUUUACAUAUUUUCCCUAUCUUUGGAUGAUCUCUGUUGAAAAGUAUUUCAUUUUUAACCCCUGUGCAUGUAUUUUGUCAUUAAUUGUGCUCAUAAUUACCAUUUGAAAUCAAUAGGAUCAGUUUAUUUUUGGCAAAUACUCUGAGUUAAUUUUGGUUGGGCUGUACAUCCUUUCUCUUCUGGCAUUUGUGUGUACAUUUAGUUUUCUUAGCUUCACCUCUCUUGUAGUAACAACCUACCCACCAUUGUUUCCCUAGGAUAUUUUAAGGAAAAGUAUUUUGAUCAGUAUAGCAAUGAGAUGCCAUUAUUUUAAUGAUUUACUAAAACCUUGAAUCGUAUAAGAAAAAAAAAGUUACGUCAUCUGCCAUGAUUUGAUUGGCAAAUACAUCUCUACCCGUUAUUGAUGUGUAUUUCUAUUUAAUGUAAAGGGUUCAAGACCCUGUAUUUGACAUGCAUUUAUUUUCCCCAAAUGAGUAAGAUGUUGAAGUGGAUAUUCUGCUGUCAUUCUGUCAAGUUGUAGGCAUGAAAUUAUGUCCAAAGAAAGUUUCGAAAAAAAUAUUGUAAAUACAUACAGGAAAUGUACAUGAGAAGGAUGAUUUUUCUCUUGCAGUUAAAAGAGGAGAAAUACGAAAAAUGCUGGUAAACUUGGAGCUCAUUCAGCACAUGCUAACUUUUUUUUUAAUUAACUGAAAUUUUUCAUUUCCACCGUGUGGACCUGCUGUACAUUUCUUGUACCAGUGUUUGUGGUAACUUCAAUUUGGCUCAGUCCCUUUGAUUGGUUUUAUUUGAACAAGACCUGUGCAACGAGUUGAAGAGUCACACAUGUUUUGAUUUAAACAUUUUGUUUCGAUUGGUUGGUUUGUUCAGGCACUCCAAGUGGAUGGACAUAUGACAUUGACCAGUCAGAAGAAGGGAAGUUGAGAGAGGAGUUUUGAUUGGUUCUUUGGUAUGGGUGAUUGAUGAUAAUUGUUACAAGCUGUAUUGUUAUUGGCCGCAAGAUGUAACUGUACAUAAAUGUCCAUAAAUGCAACCUUAUAACCUUGGGUAGGUUGCGUUAGUUGUGUGUGUGGGAUCAUAAUUUAAAUUGUAGAUCAAACACCACCGUUGCAAAAAAAGAUUUAGAAAUAAAUCCUUCCAAUACACUGAGGAACAUGAGAAAUUAA